ACUAUGAUCAGUGUGGAGUCUUCAGUUACAAGAUGCAGGGCUGGGCUACUACGAUGCUGCUGGUGAUGAUCAUGGCAACGACCUGGGUGAUGGCGAUACAAGCGGAAGCGCAGCUGGGACAGCAAGGGGAAGAGGGGCUGGUAAAGGAGCAUCUCAACCUACAGGGUAAGGAGAAAUUCCUCGGCACCUUCAGUACCAGCACGAGGACGAUGGUGAUAGCCUCCACCUCCACAGUGUUCCUCACCUGCUUAUCCGGCACCGCCAAUCCCGUAGUCCUAUGUGGCGGCCGCAGGAAGAAGAGGAACGUGAGGGAAAAAUCAAUGACAUUCCUCUUGGACGAUUACCGAGGAUUGCCUGGUCCGAUCCUGGAAGGGAGCACUGAAGGGGUCAAUGUAGACGGUAAGGAGAGAGAUACGGGCGGCGUGGGCGAGGAGGGUCAUGCGGAGAAGUUUCUGGGCAUCCAGUUGUGGACCACCACCGCCGUUACCACCUCAGUUACCGUCUUCUACACCAACACCAGCACUACUGUCAGAAUCUCCUUCUACUGUGCUGCUGGCGGCCUGAACUUACCCCCCAUAUCAUGUAUUGGUGCUUAGCGCCUCCUGCCUCCCCACCCCACACCUGUACUCCCCUCCUCCUUCCUUCUUCACCUAUCCUCCCCCCUCCCUAUA